UUGGGUGGGUAGAAGAUUAUGUACAUAUAUUAUAGACUAGCUAUGUAAAUAAGGAUAAAAGUUAUGAAAGCGUAGACUUUAUUUAUAUCAGCCGUUGGUAUACAUUAAUCUGACCGUAUUAAAAAAUAAUAUUUGCUUGAAUAAGGCCAUUAAAUUAAAUAUGAAAUUAUUUUUUAUUUCCUCUUUUAAAAUGGGGCGGUCCUUCGGAUGAGACCACAAAAACCGAGGUCCUGUGUCACAGCAGGUGUGGCACGAUAAAGAAUCCUCCCUGCUCAAUGGUCAUAAGCGCCGAGCAUAGGCCAAAAUUUUGCAGCCCUUCACCGGCAGUGAUGACGUCUCCAUAUCAGUGAAAUAUUCUUGAGAGGGAAGUUAAACAGUAUUCAAUCAAUCCUCUUCUGCACGUGUGAUACUUUAAACAAAGAAAGAUGGCAAUAUAUGAAGGCAGCGAUAAGCAUUUGUACCCACCGCGUGUGGACGGAAGUCUCACUGUGCGUAAGAGUUCCACAAAGGGAAAGAACUAUUGGGCAACUCGGAAAUUGCGUAUUGGACAAAAUCCAAUGUUUUCCAAAAUCCACGGCAAAAAUAUUGUCAAGGUUGAAAAUCACCAAAGGGGUAUUAAUACACUCAAAUGGAAAUUUUCGGAGUCCCAAGGAAUAGCAUUUUCGGAUUUCCCGCUCAAAGAAAACCGGAAGUAUGAGGCUAUCUUCAAUGGAAGUGGGCAUGCUAGCAUCGGACUCACGCAAACCGAUCCGGAAAAUUUGAAAAGUUUUUCCCAAGCAAUUGAGAAGAAACAGAUAGUUGUUUUGACCGAUGUCCGUUUCCACAGACGUACAUGUAUUGUAGACAUUGUUAAGAGAGAUGACACUACGGGCUUCGCCUUUGAAACUCAUUACCAAAAGGGUACUACCCAGAAGAUGACGUUAGUGCACACCGCUGAUGUUUGGAUCGUAAUAUGUCUGAAGUUUGGAGAUAUAAGUGCGGAAUUGAAAGACAAAGAAAACCAAGCAGCUCUCCGAUUUCACAAGAAACAUGACAAGAAUAUUACACUGACCAGAGAACGAUAUAAAAUAUCUCUUACUGUGCCCUAUCCCUUGGCCUAUGCAUUCAUAGGAGACGCCAUAGCGAAGGGACAGAGCAUCCACGUCCAAGCUCGCCACGUGGACGACAACGAAAAACCACGACAAUAUCACUUGCGAGUGGGCGUUUCCAACACUACUGCAAUUUCAUCCGAUGAUUUGCAAUUUUCCCUGAAUGAUGUUCACAAGCUUGAACGAGACAUUUGUAUCGGGGAUUUUUAUAUAUGUGUAACUAAGCGAGGACGUUUUCACAUAUGGAAAAACGACGAUUGCCUAUUCGUUAGGGAUCUGUCCAUGUCAAGUGUCAACCCGAGUAAACCGCUGUAUGUGUGUUUCGAAAUAGUUCGCAUCUGCUUAGAAACCAUUGGAAUUUCAGUUUGUACUCAUAUAUCGGAGGCAACUGAAAAUCCCCGGAUUUCCGUUAGAGAAAAUAAUCCGUAUGUCUUGUUUCAUCAUGUUGAUCCUCUGCGUCAUCUCGACCAAAAGUUGUCAGAUGGUCAGUUCACUGAUGAAGAUGUGCAAACAAUGAAUAAUAUAACAGAAGAUCUAACAGAGUACGCAAAUUCCAUGGUCGCUGAUGUGGACCACGAGCAUGAAGCAACGGAGGAUGGUUAUUUAAUAGCAGUAUCAGCCACUCCAGGAACAAACGUCAGACAGGAGAAGAGGUGUCAGGACCCACAGGAAUCUGACGACAGAUCCAAGUUGACGAUAAUCUACGAAAUGCUGGUGAAAAUGUCACAAACAGCUGAGAAACAGCAUCUUGAACGACGAGCAUCAAUGACAGAUCUACAGGUGGCUCUUCAAAAGAAUAUUGAAAGUAUUGAAAUGAUACAGAAACAUUUGGAAACUCGAUUACCGGAGAUACCAAGACCUCCUCGUGCAAUGAAUUUGUUUUGCAGCCACCUACGAACAAUUUGUGCCGAUUUCAUUCAAAGCGUGUUCGUUUUUCCGCUCUGCGACCAUUUGUUUCAACACAAAAUACUACAUCUUGAACAAUACACAACGAUUCGUGAGGAACACAAACGUCAACCAAUCGAAGCCAACAGGACUCUUUUCCACUUAUUAUCAAGAGAAAACUACACGCCUGAGCAACUUGAAAACAUAAAACAAGCUUUUAUUAAAACCAAUCAAGAACAUUUCCUGCCUCAGUAAGGUCAACAUGUUCCAAUCUACGCAUGUCGUCGUUCUCACUAGCUACGUAUAGUGCUCACUUCGUGUCGUAUGUUCGGUUUCGUGACAGACCUUGGUCCAAUCAGGUGUAGCUCGUCCUUUUCCGUAACGGAAAAGAAGACGUGGACGGAGCGUAAAGAUUUAUUUGCUGUUACGGAUACGAUUGAUCUCGAUCGUUGAAAUUCCUACGCCAAGCGUUCUUAAAUAUAUAUAUAUAUAUAUGUAUAUAUAUAUAUAUAUAUAUAUAUAUAUAUAUAUAUAUAAGCUCUGGGUUUAUUUUAAUGCUGUGUCUCUUCAUUUUACUGCAUUGACCUGAUUUCCUGUUGAUGUCUCUAUAAGGAUGGACGUUUCUUGCUGGGACGUUAAACACCAAUUGAUCGACGAAUUGAUCCAGUAAUAAGACAUUGAAUUUAAUAUGUUAUCUCUACCACAGAGUUGAACGGAAUGUUGCGUGUGUUUGCGUUGGUUUGUUUUAGUGUCUGAAACUAUGCGGACACCCUAUAAAUAGUACCACCCCGGGGUCUUUCAUCGCAUUCUGACCGACGGGAGAGAAGGAAGCAGGCGAACCUUUGAUUGUGUCCUAUACCAUGUACAUAUCUCAUGCAUGUUGUUUUUAUUUCCACCUGCAAAUGCAUGGGGUUGUUAAUUUCAAUCUGCAUAUGCAUGAAAUUGUUGACUUCAUGUCCGUGUGUGCACAGCUUUUAAUUAAUUUUGUAUUCCUUAUGGGAGUUGUGAGAUUGAUCAGUUUAAACAUAUUGAUUUUAUUUUUAUCUACAGAAAAUUUCAAUAAAUAUGUAGAUAAUGUUGAGAAUGUGUUUUGGAGAGAUGUGUUUAAAGCAUUAUCAAGAUUUAUCUCUCUUUGUGUGACAGAUUAUUGAAAUUUAGAUAAAGGAAACUCUUUAUACGAAUCUGUUGACAGAAGCAUUAAGACCCUGCAUGACUUCGUUUUGCAGAAUGGAACAUUCAGUUGUUUUAAUGAUGUAGAAUAUGUGGUUGAUACAAAGAAUAUUUUGAGCUAUUACUGUCUUAUUGCAAAAGUAUCCUUAAAUAUUAAAAGAGAAAUUGCUACUUCUAAAAACAAAGUAAAUCAUAAAGCGUUGUGUCCAAAUCAAUAUAUUGUACAGAAAAUGCAAUCUAGAUGUAAAACGGUACCAAUUUUGAUGCACCAGAUGCGCAUUUCGACAAAUAAUGUCUCUUCAGUGAUGCUCAACUGAAAUGUUUGAAAUCCGAAAUAACAAUGAAGGUUUAGAGCUAUUAAUGGGGAAAACAGUGUGUCAAAAAAGUGGAGUCAAAUUCGUCCAAGGAUAAGAGCUAUUUUCAAAUUUUUGUGUUAAUAAUUUUAUCGAAAUGGUAUUUUGCCAUUUUAGAAUAACGUUUUAAUGCUCAAUUGUUUGAAAUAAAAAGAAUAUCAACAAGUCAAA